CCCCCGGCUGAUUGGCCCCUCCGCGGCGUAUCCUCGGGCUGGCAGCCAGGCGGGCGCGUCACGUGGCCGAGCAGCGUCCAGGGCGCUGUGCCGCGGGCCGCCAGGCAUGGACCGUCAGGUCGUCGGAGCCCGGGCGCCGGGUCCCGCCGAGCCGCUCCGGGGUCCGCCAGUGCCGAGCGCGCGGGAGUCGCCCCCCCGCCCGGGGGCCAGCUUUGCCCUCGCCGACCAUUCCGGACAGGAGCGAGAGGCCGAGAAGGCCAUGGAUCGGCUAGCCAGUGGAGCACAGAGCAUCCCUAAUGGUAGUCCUUCCCACGGUGAGGGCACCCACUCGGAAGAGGAAGGGUUUGCUGUGGAUGAUGAGGAUUCUGACGGGGACCUGAAUACCUGGGAGCUGUCAGAAGGCGUGUCUGACCGUCCACCCAAGGAACAGGCUGCUGAUCUUUUUAACGAGGACUGGGACUUGGAGUUGAAGGCAGAUCAAGGGAAUCCGUAUGAUGCUGAUGACAUCCAGGGUUGCGUUUCUCAAGAGGUCAAACCUUGGGUGUGCUGUGCCCCGCAAGGGGACAUGGUCUAUGACCCCAGUUGGCACCAUCCACCUCCGCUGAUACCCCAUUAUUCCAAGAUGGUCUUCGAAACGGGACAGUUUGAUGAUGCUGAAGAUUGAGCCUGCAGCUGUUUGCCUGGUGGGUGGGCCUGCCCUCCAGAUGAAGGUCUCUCUUCCUUUCAUUGAGGUGAGAGGUCACAUUUGAGGACACAUUCCCAGUGAUCCCCGAGUCGGACACACAGACUGGUGUUAACUAAGGCCCCGAUGUCCUCCAGUUCUGUUGUCGUCGUUGUUUUUCAUGAGGUCCUCCUUGGGACAUGUGAGUGUUUGUGUCUGCGUCAGGAGGAGUUGUGUUCUUUAUAAAUAAAGGUAGAAAAAUUUGA